CUCCCCACCUGUUUUGGUCCAGGUCCCGGAUGACAGGUAACAACAUGGCGGCGUGGAUCUAGCCUGCUACGAUCCUUUUUCUCCCAUAAUUAAGCAAUUGAUAGAUGGUGCUGCCUGGUUGAUCGAUUUGGUUGGCUCUUCAUUUGAAGAGCUUAACAAAAUCAAGUAAAUACAUAACCUAACCAAACAUUGCCAUAUAUUGUGGAAACAUGCAAGGAAGCUACACUGGAGGUGAAGAGACGCGGGGCACAAUGUUUAAGAAGAAGAAUAAGAAAGUGCAGAUAUCGGCACCUAGUAACUUUGAGCACCGCGUCCACACUGGCUUUGAUCACCAUGAACAAAAAUAUGUUGGACUACCACCUCAAUGGCAAGGAAUCGUUUCAAAUGCAUUGGACAAAGGCAGACCCAUGCCACUUGUUGACCCAUCUGAAAUCACACCUGUGGAUAUGCUUGACAUGAAGAUGCCACAAGACACGUCUAGAGGACAAGACUCCUCGAGUAGACUCAGUCGAGGCUUUGCCACCCUCAACUUGGCUGACUCCAGCAGAAACUCGCAGACGAGCAUACGUGGAGAACGAGGUGGUGGUAACAAUAGCAACAACAACAACAACAACAACACUAUCAACAACAACAAUAAUAGUAAUGGACCUGCUAACCUACCUAAGACUUCUAGUGUGGCACGGUCCAAUUCCCUUCGUUCCUCCAGUCCUCCAAGACACCGUCGUCCUGAACAGUGGGGCGGGUACAACCUACCACCAACUCUACAUGAGGGUGAAGUGUUAGAUGGCCCUCCACACAACUGGCCUUCCUAUCCUCAGUAUCAAGGCCAUACACAGUACCCUGGGCACCAACAACAUCCUGGACCUGGCCAACACAUGCCUCACCCAAAUCAUCCUGGUCACUACCAGGGUCAUCCAGGACACCAACAAGGCCCACCUGGUCACCCUCCUCAUCACCCUCUCAGUCCCACACAACCUCCCAAAAGUUCACCUGGUUACCCUCCACACCUCCGUCCACACCAAGGACAUGGUCCGCAUCACCCUGGCUCACAUGGGCCUGUAUAUGGUGGGCCUCCCUAUCCUGGACCACCCCAUGGUCAUCCUAUUAAUGGAGAAGACCGGUGGGAUCCCCGGGAUCCAAGAGGCCCCCACCAUCCUGAUGUGCGGCGAGAUGGAUGGGGUAUGGGAGGCAUAAGAACACCUUCUGGGCCCUCUUCUGCUGGUUCAGCUGGCAGCAGUGGACAGCAUGGACCCACUCCUCCUCCACCUCAUCAUCAGAACCUUCACAAUGGCCAUCCUCCACAUCCUCAGGGUGGUCGACCUCCUGCGCAGCUUCCACCUGAAGCAGGCAGUGCUCCUGGCCAUCACAAUGGACCACACUAUCAGUCUCAGUCACACCCUGGUCAGCAUGCUCUGUCUGGUCCUGCUCUGCAUCCUAAUCAACAUCCUCAUCAGUCACCUAAUCAGCAUCCUGGGCAGCAUCCUCAUCAGUCUCCUUCAUCACAACAUCCCCACCAGCGUAGACCUCAGCCUCUCCCACCUUCACACCAGUCACCGCCUGGUCAUCCUCCCCCCCCACAUCACACUUCUCAAAAUCAGUUACAUCAGUUGCAGCAGCAGCAACAACCACCACUGCAGCAGCAACAACAUCAGCAACCACCACCACUGCUGCAGCAGCAGCAGGAACAACAGACACAGUCCCAGCAGCAACCACACAAUCCAUCUCAACACCCACAACAACACCAGCAGCAACACCAACAGCAGCAGCAACAGCAGCAACAACAGCAGCAACAACACCAACAGCAGCAGCAGCAGCAGCACCAGCAGCAUCAUCAUCAGCAGCAGCAACAUCAUCAUCAACAGCAGCAGCAGCAGCAGCAGCUACCCCCUCUGCCUCCACCUCAUGGAGUACAAAAAUUACCCCCACCUCCACACCAGCUUCCACCUCAUGCCCAGAUGUAUGCAAAGCCACCAGCACCUGCACCAGAGCAGAACUCUCCAUCUAGUAAAGGCUCUGGCACCCCCCAACAAGACCACAAUGGCAAUCGUUAUGACCCACAAUCUGCUGGUCACAACACCAUGCAGCAAGUGACUUUGAGAGACCGUAAAGCCUCUGGUGAAGGAAGAGAAGGAGGCAGCAGUGGAGCGAGUGCCAACAACAAUACGAACAACAUGGCCAGUUUACCAGGAAAAUCUCCACCUGGGUUUCCUCAUGGUAAUGCCACCCAGCAUCACCCAGCUGCCAAACAACAUGACCAGCAGAGACUCUCUCAUGAACAGUUCCGAGCAGCAUUGCAAAUGGUGGUUAGUCCAGGAGACCCCAGGUACAACCUGGAAAACUUUAUCAAGAUUGGAGAGGGAUCCACAGGCAUUGUCUGCAUAGCCAGUGAUAGAGAAUCUGGUAGUCAGGUUGCUGUAAAGAAGAUGGAUUUGCGUAAACAACAAAGGAGAGAGCUUCUUUUUAAUGAGGUGGUAAUUAUGAGAGAUUACCACCAUCCCAACAUUGUUGAGAUGUAUGACUCCUUCCUAGUGGAAGAUGAGUUGUGGGUGGUGAUGGAAUUUCUGGAGGGAGGAGCACUAACAGACAUUGUCACACAUGCCAGAAUGGAUGAAGAGCAGAUUGCUACAGUGUGUAGACAGUGCCUCAAGGCUCUUGCUUACCUUCAUUCACAAGGGGUCAUUCACAGAGAUAUCAAGAGUGAUUCCAUAUUGUUAGCGAGUGAUGGCCGGGUCAAACUAUCUGAUUUUGGGUUUUGUGCCCAAGUUUCUCAAGAGUUGCCAAAGCGCAAAUCUUUAGUGGGCACUCCAUACUGGAUGGCGCCUGAAGUUAUAUCCAGACUUCCAUAUGGGCCUGAGGUAGAUAUUUGGUCACUGGGCAUCAUGGUGAUUGAGAUGGUAGAUGGUGAACCUCCAUUCUUCAACGAGCCCCCACUGCAGGCCAUGAGGCGAAUAAGAGACAUGCCGCCACCCAAACUGAAGAAUUCUCAUAAGAUAUCACCACGCCUACAAGGUUUUCUAGAAAAGAUGCUGGUCAGAGAUCCAGGUCAACGAGCAACUGCAUUUGAGCUCCUUCAACAUCCUUUUCUACGACAGGCUGGGCCGCCAUCACUUUUGGUGCCAUUGAUGAGAUCUUUCAGACACUCUCCCUGUUAGCUAUGUGCUACAUUCUUGCUUUUUAAUUAUUGUAAUAUACGUUGCUUUGUAAGUGCCUUUUGUCUAAACAUGAAGGGUUAUCAUGUGCCUGUAUGUAAGAAAUAAUUUAAUGUGAGCAGCUUAUGACAAGCUCACUUUGUGAAGUGAGAAUUGGGCAAGCCUAAGCUUACUGUGUAUUUGGCAGGUGAGCUUGAGUAAGUUCAUUAGAUGAGUAAGCUUUGGUGUGAACAGUUUCUGGUCCACUUUGGCAGCUGAUGCAUGUGUAUCAUAUGUAAUAAGAGAGCAGUAUUUUUAUGCAGAACUACUGUUUCAACAUUCCAAGGAAUACAUUUGAUUCGACACUGAAGUUAAGAGCAAGAAUAAUACUCAGAUUUCACAAACAUUUGUAGUAGUAGUGUCGUCAUGAAUUCGGACAUAUUGUGUGUAUAUACAUAGAUGAUUAUUUUUGUCUUGUUUCAGUGUAAGUUCUGUUCAGUAUUGGCAGCUAAUUCUUGUAUAGCUACGAAUUUACAAAAGUGAGAAGUGGCAGCUUGUGAGAUAGAUGAAUACGUGUCUGGGAAAAUCUUGCUGCUGAACCCCAUCUGUGUUCCUAAGGGGUUAGUAAUUGAAGUGUAUUUGUGUCUUUUCUAUAAAUAUACAUAUACAUAUUAUAUAUAUAUAAAUAUAUAAAUAUACAUAUUGUGACUAUUAUAUCACCAAAGAGGCUUUAUUUUGUGUUUAUUUCUUGGUUUAAAUAUAAUUGUGCUCUAUUUUAAGUUAUUUUUUAAGCAGCAUUGAAAGUGUUUGGCAGAGUUGAACAAUUUCAAAUAAUUUUUAAAAAAAGGAAAAAAAUGUCAUUGUUUUGCAUGUUAGUAGACAUGUAGAUGAAAGGUUCAGAGAACCGACAUGUUGAUAAAUUAGACAACUGUGCAACUCUUGGGUAUCUUUAUUGAGGAAACGUUUCGCCACACAGUGGCUUCAUCAGUCCAUACAAAGGAGAAUCUUGAAGAACAGGAGGA